UGCGGAGGUGGCAGGAGACCUCAGUUGUAUCGGUCUCUGGUGCUAUGAAGCUGCAGCUGCUGUUACUUGCGCUGCUCUGCAGCUCACCCUGUAUUUUGGCUGACUCUUUCCAUAUAACCAUCCUGCACACUAAUGAUGUGCAUGCGCGGGUGGAGCAGACCAACAGGGACUCCGGCAAAUGUGGCAAGCCUGAAGAGUGCUAUGCAGGGGUGGCUAGGAGAUUCACCAAGAUAAAGGAGAUCAGGAGCAGUCAUGACAAUGUCCUACUGCUGGAUGCAGGGGACCAGUACCAAGGGACUGUCUGGUUCAAUUACUUCAAAGGGGAAGAGGCUGCAUACUUUAUGAACUACUUAAAAUACGAUGCAAUGGCACUUGGGAAUCAUGAAUUUGACAAUGGAGUUCCAGGACUUUUGAAUCCACUUCUUAGCCAAGUGCAGUUUCCUGUUCUCAGUGCAAACAUCAGAGCAGAUAAACAAAUCGCUCCCAACAUUACUGGAUACUUUCUUCCUUAUAAAAUCUUACAAGUUGGUGGUCAACAAAUAGGGAUAGUGGGAUACACAUCAAAGGAAACCCCUGUUUUAUCAGACCCAGGUCCAUUUUUGGUAUUUGAAGAUGAAAUUGCUGCACUACAGCCUCAAGUGGACAAACUUUUAACCCUUGGUGUAAACAAAAUCAUAGCACUGGGGCACUCUGGCUUUGAAACAGAUAAGCUUAUUGCUCAAAAGGUGAAAGGAGUGGAUGUUGUUGUGGGAGGUCACUCAAACACAUUUCUUUACACGGGUUCUCCUCCAUCCAAUGAUGUACCAGCUGGUGUCUAUCCUUUUAUUGUACGAUCAGAUGACGGUCGUUCUGUGCCAGUUGUCCAAGCAUAUGCUUUUGGAAAAUACCUUGGUUACUUAAAUGUAACAUUUGAUGAAACAGGAAAUGUUUUGCAUUCGGCUGGGAAUCCUAUUUUGUUAAACAGUAGCAUUCCAGAAGACCCAACACUCCUAUUGGAAAUUAACAAAUGGAAAGAGCAGAUAAGUAAUUAUUCUACUCAAGAGAUCGGAAAGACGCUGGUAUUUUUGAAUGGUUCAUCUGUUGAAUGUCGUUAUCGGGAAUGCAAUCUGGGAAACUUAAUAUGUGAUGCUAUGAUUGAUAACAAUAUUCGGCAUCCAGAUGAACUGACAUGGAAUCAUGUGUCCCUCUGUCUAUUGAAUUCAGGUGGAAUCAGAGCAUCAAUUGAUGAGAAAUCCAUGAAUGGCACCAUCACUCUUGAAGACCUCAUAUCUGUUCUUCCCUUUGGAGGGACAUUUGAUCUAAUUGAAAUAAAAGGAUCAACACUAAAAGCUGCAUUUGAGCACAGUGUACACAGAUAUGGCGGAGGGACUGGAGAGUUCCUUCAAGUUGGUGGAAUUAAAGUGGUAUACAACACACACAAAAAACCAUACGAAAGAGUAAUUAAACUAGAAGUAAUUUGUACAAGAUGCCGUGUUCCAAGAUAUGUUCCCGUGGAAAUGGACAACGUGUAUAAAGUUGUUCUUCCAUCCUACAUUGCUGGAGGAGGAGAUGGCUUUAGUAUGUUUAAUGAAUCCUUGAAACAUGAUAGUGGUGAUUUGGAUUUGUCAGUCGUUUCCAAAUAUAUUUACAAAAUGUUAAGAGUUCACCCUGCUGUCGAAGGUCGGAUUGAGUUUUCAAAUGAACAAUCUUCCAAUGGAGCAUCACGGUUUGCCCAGACAUACUAUACACAUGUUUUAUAUGUAUUUCUAAUUGCAUUAUUGAUAACUAUAUUCCAAUAUGAUUUGUUCUAACAGUAAGCAAAUGUUAUGGUCACUAUACUUGUGUGUUUUUUAUAAAUAUAAAAUUUAUGU